AUGAGUCGACAAGGUUUUCCUGGGACUUCAUCCAUGAAUUUCUCAACCAGAGGAACAGAAAAUGGAUGUCCACAACCGGAGUUAACAGAAGAGGACAAAGAGAACCUUCAGACUGAGCUUGGGAAGGUGGAGGAUGAAAUUCAAACUUUGCGACAAGUGCUUCUGGCAAAAGAAAAAUAUGCAGCUGAUAUCAGAAGGCAGCUUGGUAUGACCCCAAUGGCCAACAUCAAACAGACUAUAUCAAAAGGUUGGCAGGACGUCCAGACCUCCUCUCCAUAUCUCACAGCUUCUGCCACACUUGACGACAUCAGCCACUCCAAUGUCUAUUUGAGGACCAAAGAGAGUUUCACUUACGCAGGGCACGUCACAUCCUCCGCCCUGUCCAGUGCGGGCGAGGCCUUCACCCGGCGAAUGGCCGAGAUGAGGGCUCUUCCUCUUCCGAGUCCGCCACGACACAACAUAAGCAUGCCUGCCAUGAGGAGUUCCCCUUCUUUCAAGUCAUUUGAAGACAUGGUGGGAAAUGUUAAAGGCAAAGUGUCUGGAUCAAAAGCUGCAAAUGGAGACCCUUCAGGAUAUGCCCGAAGAGUGGCGCGACAAUGCCCAUAA